AGCGAAAACACAGAUAGUCGUUUUGCAUAAUCUGCUUGCUCCCUUUUGUGGACGAAAUAACAGGUAAAAAAUAUUUCUCACGCACGCCAUCUUGUUUACUACCUUUGUGACCAUGAAAAGAGUUUGACGCUGAACGAAUGACGAAAUUUCUGGGCAAGUUUGGUUUAUUCAAUGGAAUUUGAGCUCUCUCUGGUACAAGUUUCUAGCACACCCUUUGAUGUUCGCUCCAUAAACUUCAAUAAAGUUUUAGGAGUUUUUUGUGGACAAGAUCGAACUACAGAGGGCGCUCGACUGACUCAUCGGUGAUAUCGAAUCCGCUCGUGUGUUUCAUUCAGAAAACAAGCUGACGCGUAAACAAAGUUCCGAACCAUCAUGGCGGCUGUACAUGAAGCAAUCCAACCUUUGACUUGGCUCCUUGGGCACUGGGAUUCAUUUGAAGCCAAUGGAGAGUUCCCAACCAUCGGACCCUUCACGUACAGGGAGACAUUGGACGUCUCACAUGUUGGCCAGCCGAUGCUAAAUUUCUUCUCUGAAGCAUGGGAUAGCAAGUCCAGUAAGGCUCUUCAUAGAGAGAGUGGUUUCAUUCGUAUCAAGCCAGGGACUAAGGAGGUUGCUUACAUCUGUGCACAGAAUAUUGGCCUUGUAGAUUUGGAAGAAGGAGAGGUUGAUGGGACGUCAGUUACAUUUGCGACAAAGUUUCUCUGUAGAAUGAGCUUUGCCAAUGAGCCGGAAACAACCGAGAUCAAGAGGACAUUCUGUCUGAAGGAUGAUGUCCUGGAGCAGAUCGUCUUCAUGGCGACGAAAACUACACCAACUCUCACCAAACAUUUACAUGUGAAGUACAGAAAGGAAACGCAUCCAUUGCCACCGAGUCCGACAUGCGCCUACAGGUGCUUGGACUCCCCUUUGUUUAAGAAGAUGGCCAUGCAGGUGCAAGAUUUGUGGUCGGACAAGUUUGGGAGUGUUGCGGGUGACCAGCCUCGUAAUGUUUCACCACCAGUCCGACCCGAGGUAACCGCGACGCCGCCCCCAUCACGUGAAGACACCAAGUCACCCUCUUCUUCACGUGAGGUCACCAGGACGCCCCAAUCAUGUGUUGAGGUAACCGUGACGUCCCCAUCACCUGAGGAGAUUGUGACCCCCUUAUCACCGUCAGUAUUUGCCAUCGAUCAACCGUCAUUGCCGUUGACUCCGAGCAGGGUCAGCGAACUGAAGGGUGACUCCCGCUCGGAGCCAAAUUUUGCCCUCGCUCUAGUUCGGGAAUCGUUCACGAGGGCGGAAAUGGCGAAGAGCAACUGUCGGGGUGUUAGGGGCAACAGCAAACUUGAUCCUAUCAAGCUUGAAGCCGUAAAACGCUAUGUCCAAAAGUACUCAACAGUUGUUCCCUCCAAAUUCCAAAGAUAUUGGACGAAAGAAUGUGUGACGGCAAUCGACGAAGGUUGCCGUCGCAUGCGUAGAAAAAAAAAGAAGUAAAUAUCUUAUGUAAAGGCACUGCACACAACUGGUAAACACUAAAAAAAAAAUAU